AUGAGCGACGUUGGGUUUAUUGACUUUGACAUCGGCGUGCCGUGGGGCCGACUUGCCUGCCGCUGGUACGGUAAUCGUCAGGUGCGUCCGCUGCUCGCCAUUCACGGCUGGAUGGACAAUAUGGGUAGCUUUGCACGUCUUAUACCAUUGCUGCCCGGCCAUCUGGGCGUGCUUUGCGUCGAACUGUCUGGCCAUGGACGCUCCUCGCACUAUCCGGCUGGCAUGCAGUACUCCGUCAUUGAAUGGACGAGCAUUAUUCGUCGUGUGGUGUUGCAUUUCAAGUGGAGACGCGUUUCGCUGAUGGGUCACUCGUUCGGUGCCGUCGCCUGCAAUUUGUACGCCUCCUUCUAUGGCCGAGAUAAUGUUGAUAUGCUGAUUGCGAUUGAUCUGCUCACCAUACCCUACAAGAGCAGCAGCUUCUACAUCAAGUACUUGGCCAACAGCGUGGAGCGCAUGCUGCAGCCGACUCCAGCACCCAAGCUGUAUACCGCAGAACAGCUGAAAGGGGUCCGCUGGGGACCAGCUCCCACGGUCAGCAAGGAGCACGCACAGCCACUGGUGGAACGUUGUACAAGGCCGUCACCAGAUCAACCGGAUAAGUUUUAUAUAUCUCGGGACUUGCGGCUGGCUCACUACACGCUCUUCCCAGCUGGCGUGGGGCUCGUGAAGGAAUUGAAUCUGCGAAUACAUAACAUUCCAUAUAUGGUCAUUAAGGCGAGCGAGUCUAACUUUAUUAACGAAGGUUUCAUACCAGCUCUGCAGAUCUUACGCAAACAGAAUCCUGCAUUUGAGUAUCAUUUGGCCCAAGGCUCUCAUCAUAUGCUAAUCAGCGACCCGCAACAGCUGGCUGCAUGGAUUGUGCCAUUUAUAAACAGGCAUCGACCAGCCACCAGAUGGGAGCAUCCAGGGCAACUAAAUAUUAGCAAACUAUGA